AUGCUGGUUGAUCAAGCCACACAGGUUGCAGACGACUCCUUCAACCCAAUGUCAACUUCUCCGCCUGGUACACAGCAGACAGACAACAAGCCGGUGGUGAACGAUACCGUUGCUAAACCUUCGCCUACUGUUACUGGUGGAACGCAAACGGAUAGCCAUGAUGAAAUACGUCAUGCAUCACCACCGCCAAUCCUUGGUAGGAGGCCUUCGACAGUCCUAGAACUGCAGGAAGAAGCCGAGGAUGACCAGCCUAUCAAACAACAUGUAAUCCAUGAAAGCGUAGAUUUCACCAAGCAGCGUCCGAUGGAAACUAUCAAAUUGAAGGAACCACCGCCUGUUCAACAUGUCAAACCCAGGGAAAAACCACAACAGCAACAACAACAACAAUCACAGCCCCAGGACUCUUCUGCGCUACCUACCCCAAAUGUCUUCCACAUCAGGCCUUCUUCCAUCAGUCCAAACAGGCUCACACGCUUCUCCGAGCAUCUGGAAAUACCAGACUCGGAGAAAAGCCUACACAAUCCUCCACCAAGAUCACUUUCACCAGCUAAACCUGCCCUGAAAUCGACCCCCAGCCCUUCCCUGGGAGCUCGUCCCGAAAGACUAACCUAUCAACCGGGCCAACCAGGCAGUGAGACUUCCGAGGGGACCUCCCUGGUCUCUGACGAUGGCUCAAGGGCGGGUUCGAAAAAGAGACAUCCCAAAGUCAGCUUUGAGGACGAGACCGAAGUCAUCGGCCAUGGCAUCAGUCCUCCUACUUCUCCAGAGUCUCUAACAUCUCAAAGUCCCCGGGCACAUACACCUCGGUCGUGGAGCGACAGUGUCAUUCGGUCCAAAUUCGGCGACGAUGAUUCGAACGACUUUGAGCAGUUCUUCACUCCACGCCCUGCCCUACCGUCAUUUGGCAGCAUUCGGGGUCGCAAGCCAUCAAGAUCAAAGGACAUUGAGGAUGACUCGAAUCCAGCAUUGGAAAUAUCAUCUUCCUCUGCCGACCAUGCAAUUGGGGGGAUCUUUUCUACUGCUGGUGGGAGAGACCAGAGCAAACAUGAUGCAAACACUAAUCUGCAGCUGCCGCCUGAAGUGACAUCACUGGACAGCACCGGAUACAGCUCGCUAUCAGACGACACUUCCAGCGAUGAAGGACCAGAGCUACACUAUUCCCCAGCACAUCUCGAUGGCAAGAGGGAUGAUACCACUGCGUCAAAGGAUACACCCAGCCAAGCCAACGGAGCUUCCCAACCUCGCCAAAUAGAGGCGCCAAAUCACCUGAAGCCGACUCCCGCGAUAUUCAUUCAACCUGCCACACCAGGUAUGGAGGAGGUCGCGCACUCUAAAAGGCCAUCCUCUGAGGUACCCAAAGACGAAAGCACGCACGGAGUUAACUCGUAUUUCUCGGCAAAUGAUACAAGGCUUCAGGGCCGCGAAGAGGAAGAUGGUGACUCUGACUCUAAUUCGGGAAAUAGCGUCUAUAGUGAUGCCUAUGAAGAUCUCUCGGACAUGGAGGGCGAUGGUUUUGGCUCUAUUGAUGCGAUAGUCGAUAGAUCAGUACCAUCCGUGCCGGAGCCACAGCAGCCCAGCGUCACGCAUUCUCAGCCUCAAGAAAGAAACCAACGAGACGAAUUAAACGGUACAGCCGAAUCUUAUGCAGCGGCCAAUGUCACUCCAGAAACGCAGUCGCAACCUGCUCGUCCACACCAACCGGAAGGUACCGCUGAAGAAGGUGAAAAUGGCUGCCAGGCUUUAUCUACAGCUAAGACAGCUGGGAAGCCCUUAUUCGAAGAGAAGACGACAAGCCCACCCGCAGCCUCAUCUCAUCCAAGCCCAAACAUAUGCUCUUCUGGACAAUUCAACCGUCACUCACCCGCUCUUCGCCCAAUCCUAGAAUCCAAUGGUUCAAGUGAAAACAAACCUGUCAAAGCAAAGGGGAAAGCCGCUCCUGCAAUCCGUCCCCAGCGGACUAUGUCAAAUGCAAGCGACUCAUCCAGCAGUUUCAAACGGCCCAAGAGAUUCCGUUCAACGGGGCGCUAUACCCUACGACGAACCAUGAGGACGACCAGUGCUGAUCACAUGGAAGUGCUAUCGGACGGCGGUCUGCCUCCUACAAAGACAAUUGACCAUUCAUUAAACCGCCGACCGUUCUCCUCUAACGAUAGCCGUCCAACGAUGCGAACCACGCUGCGUCAGCCUCCAAGCACGGCCACUUCGAGAUUCUCUGUGUUAACCGGCCGAGGCAAAUCUACAAAGGCAAAUGGAUCAUCAGCAAAACAUCAGCCGUUUAAAUCAAGAUACGAAGAUUCUAGCGAUGAAGAAGGCGGGGCUAUCAAACUCAGGCCUGUCCGGGGUAUACCGAGGAGACGAAACGAAAUAGAAGGCGACUCGACCGACCUUGACGAUAGUUCCGAGGACGAGGCUACCAGACAUGUUCUACGACGGAAAAAGUCGAUUAAGGGUGACUCAAGGGCUAUUAAGGACCCCGCCGUUGCUGCUGCUGUAGCAAGGCUAAUGGCCCCGAGAGACAUUGAGCAAUCAGCUGCAAUCUCCGCCAUACCAGGCCCUGAACAACUUCCUGAGUUCAACAUCAAACACAGGAGUGGUUUUCUUGGGCGUCUUCACCUGCCAAAGAACAACAAGCUACGUAGAGAGUCAAUACUACGAAAGCCUGAUAUAACCCUCGAGCAACCAAGGCUGGGGCUGGAACAAGCCACCAUUGCUUCCCCGGGCCUACCAGAAGAAGACUACGCAAGAUCCACAUCUGUCAAUGGACACGUAUUGGAAAGUUCGCGAAGUGAUUGGCAGCCACUAUCACCCAAACUGCAGAAACGAGCAAGCAAGCUAAUUCAUCAGCCUGCUGGUGAUUCCUGGCCUCUUCGUUCAAACGGGCACACUGCAUUCUCUCUACCAUCGUCACCCAGUACGACCGAGAGAAGAAGGCCAACAGUGUUACCAAUACAGGAAAUCACUAAUGGCAAGGACUCAGACACUCGCCCUCGGACAGCAGAUAGUGUGGCAGCACAGAAUACAACACAACAUACAAAUACAGCUUCUGUACCGAACAGCCCAAUGAGUCCGGCUAGAACAGAAAGAUCUCUCUGGACAUCUCGGUUUCGGCCUUCUAGACGUGCCACAGAUGACAAUUCGACUGUAUCAGCGGUAUCAGAAGUGCACCUCUCAUCAUUGCGGAAUGAGAUUCCCCGACAUAAGAAAAAGGGCAGGUUUCCAAGGCUGAAAAAAGUUUUUGGAAUUUCCUAA